AUGUUUGGCAGAUGGAGGGCUCCCGUCGCGGAUGGAUUCUCCCUCCUCGUAGCGGCGGGGGCCACCUUGCUGUGCUGCAUCUUUGCUCUCUGGUCGUCACUACGUAGACACGGGGCGGUCCCGAAGGAGGCCCGGGCGAUCGAGUCGGUUUGGUACAGUAAUAAGGCGCCCAGGUGCGCUUGUUCCUGCGGGGGUGGUCUCGGCGGCGAGAGUUCCAGUUCGAUGUCCAAUCAUGUGAACGGGGACAUGGCAGUGGGUGAGGAGGAACUGCCGGCGGCUUCUGAAGCGGAGCGGCAGAUCGGUGCAUCGAUGAUGGAGCAGCUUGUCCCGGAGAUCACAACCCAUGCGCUGAGCUAUUUGGAUUACCCCAGUCUGUGUCGCCUCUCAAUGACCAAUUCGUCGAUGAGGAGGGCAGCUAACGAUGACAAUGCGUGGAAAGCGCUCUACCACAAGGUAUAGCUCUUCCACUCCGUGUUGUUUUAGUCGAGCAAGUUCCAUGCUAAUUUGAUCAUCCUUUGUUCUCUGUUCUCACUCGAGAAUCUUUACCUUCAUUAAUAUGCACCUUAUAUGAUUGUUUUGCUGGAAUUGUAGAAAAGGCUAUAAAUCAAAAUUAAUGGCUUUCAAAGGAUCUAAAAUCCAUACUGUCAUUCAUAACCCCGAAUUUCAUUAAAUCUCAGUUAAGUGGACAUUUGAAAUGGUGAGCGGUUCUGUGGCUUCACGGAAUUUAUAAGUUGAUUCCUUUGCACAAGGAGGAGAAAAUUGUAUUCAGAGACCAGAUCAGCAAUGUGGUGAGUGUAAAAAUUAGGUUAUUGGGAUGAGAAUUUUUAGAUGGAUGUGAGGAAAGGAGAAAAAACGUCACUUAUCAGCUGAAUCUAGUCUAUUGGUGCUAGCAAGAUGGCCAUUUUAGGAAGUGUAUGAAAGUUACUUGGAGAUGAUUUGGACAAAGAAGCUAAUGGAAUAAAUUUUUUAAUAAGGAGAAAUGUAAAUCAUUUUUGUGAUAAUUUUACCCGUUGAGGAAAAUUGUAAGGUACUUGGAAAGUCUGUGUAGAAAUUUAUGAAUUUAGGUACCACGAGCAUUAACAUUAUGCAUCACUAUGUGAAUUGGUUGAGUAAGCACCUUGGAACGCCUGAUCAAAGUUUCAGGAAUGAGAAGUUUUAAUUGUUGACAAGAAUAAGAAUCAGCCAAUUCUAUGGAUAGUGAUACAAAUUUAUGUCGCUGUAUGUGCUUAAAAGUGUGCAACUAGUCUAGCAACUCCUACUCACUCUUAUGUGUGAGAAAACCUAUGACAGUGUUCCAUUUUUAUCUCUGGCUAGUGGUUGCUUUAGAGAAGAUCAUCAAUUCAAGCCUAAUCCAGGGAUCGGUUUAGGGAGCGUCAUAUUCAUCCCUAUAGAAAAGUAUUCAGGGAAGACCUUUUUGAAAUAUGUUUCAGUUUAUGAAUAAAAUAAAUAGUUGUUAUCUGAAGCGGCUACAUUUAAUUAAAAAAAAGCGUGAACCAUAAGAACGUCCUAAAAUGUAGGAUUACAAGAAAUUAGGCUAAGGAGCUGACUUUAUAAUACGAAAAUUUUGUAGAUCAGAGCCAUAGGGAACUUCCCUUUUUCGCAUUGCAUUCUCUUAAAUGUCAUUUGGAACACCUGUUUUAGUUCUUUUAUUUAUUUCUAUUUACGAAGCUAUUUUAGUUCAACCAUAGAAGCAUGAGCUUCGUCAUGCGUUCAUAUAUUCUUCCAUAAUCCAGAUGUUUUCUUCGGACGAGUUUUCUCAAUGCAGUCAUGGUCACCACGGUAUUUUGUGCCUCUGUUUGGUGACUCGAUGAAUAUGCUCAAGGGAUCACCAUUUACCAUUGGUGUUGUGCAAGAUAGACUCGCGCAGGCUUCUCUUCCAGUCUGAUGUUUGGUCUCAGGAGAGAACACUAUCUCAAAUUCGAAGAAAAAUGACUACUUAUUCUGCCAUUUCACUUGCAUCAGAGCAUUACAGAUAUUGGGGAUUCACUGGGCAGUAAGGAGAGGUGACAGAAUCUCUACUGUAAACUGCCUCGAAUAAUCCACUUCCGUAAAUUAUUAGUUCUCGCAAAUAUGCGAACUUCAUGCAUUCCUGCUUAUUAACUGCGUGGUUGUCCUCUCGGACAAUGUCCAUGAGAGUAAAGCUGCACUGCCGCUUUAUCCCAAUCCGGCUUGUUACGUUCUCCUUUUUGGAUUGCUUCUUCAUUUAAUCAACCUUGAUGAGCUUAUUAUUUUAUGUACUAUUCAUAUUCGACCCCUUUUUCUUUUGACCUCCCCUAUUCACACACCUUCUAUGCUAAUCUAUAUGAUGACUUAUUGCUCCUUGUUUACCACGGCUAGAAUAUUUGGACACAUAUAGGAUGCAGAGUGAUAUCCUACAAUUGUUUGGGAGACUAAGACCAGUAAGAAAAUUCUCUCUUUUAUUGCUGCUAUCAAAUUCUUAUUUUGACUGGGAGAAAGGUUAUCAUUUUUGCAUAAUUCAUCUGUUAUCGCGCAUGGCCACUGACGGCUUGCAGACUCGUUUUCUUGCAACUUGUUUGUGCUAUUUUUUUUCAUUUAGCUAUCGACCUUCAACUAUUGUUUUGGACGUGAGGCAUGUGACGCUGACUUAUAAAAGUCCUAAGCCUGAUUCUUUCAUACAAACAUUCAUCUCUUGAAUCUCCUGUUUUAUUUGAUUCCUUUGUGAUCCCUUUUUCGUGGAAAAAUAUAAUUUCCUGCACUUAGAUUGUGGGGAUACCCUGGAGAGGUCUGUUCAAUUCUUAUGAAGAAUGAGCUUUAAUAGCUGCAUUUCCCCUGGAAACUCAUGGAUGACUAUUUUUCUCCGACCAAUUCCACCACCCAAUUUCACAGUUCCUUGCUUGAGAUCAAUGAUUCUUUCUCUGCACGGCAUAGACAAUAUAAUCUGACCUCAUGUUCCUCCUAACUUGCACACAUUCAUCUGAUAUUCCUGUUCAUUAUUGGAAACAUGAGUCAUUCGACGUCCUUACGUCUCAGUAUAAGGUGCUAAAGCCCCUUGUUGAAACUCAGAAGCUGGUCAAUCCCAACUGUCUGACAUUAGUGCGUAGGUUCUAUAAGCUCAUUGUUUGGGGUCCCUGAAGUUGAAUUUUACUGUUCGCUUACUUACCCUAACAUGGUACACGCUGUCAUUUUUUUAAGAUAUUAGGUGCAGAUGAAGAAACAUUCCCCUUUGAGAUUCAACAAAAAGCUGCGGAGACUUCAGGUUAUUUAACAAUAUAAAAAUUGGCAGGGGAAAAAAAAAGUGUCAUGAUGAAUUAGGUCGUUACCUGGUUCUAUUCGUGAGUUCCAUAAGCCCAGAAAUCCUUCUGCACACUAAGAUUACCAAUUUCUGGACGAUCGUCAUCUAAAAUCAGUAGCCACAGUCACUAAUUAAUUAGCAUUAGCUUAAUUAAUAAAGUCUUUUAGUUAGAGACAAUCAAUCCAGGCAUAUAUCGGUAUGUAGAUAUCGAAAGUUAGUCACAGCUUCGCAAUAGUUUCUGUGUUUCAAUUUUAUUCUGUUUUUGUCUUCCAUGAUGGUGAAAAUUUUGUGUGACUGAUGUCAUUUUACUAUUUUAGCUUUCUCCCCUCAUCUUGGAUCCAGUAGACAGCGUAUCCAAUCUGGGUCAUCCAUAACCUGUGUGGUUGUAGAUAUCACAUCCAUUAAUCGAAAGGCAAGGGGGGGCAAAGGAAUUUAGGGUUCUUUGAGCGGUGGGUAGAGAUGACUUCCAAUGUGCGACUGUUUUCUCAUAGCUUUUAUGAGAAGAUGAGACCAGAUAAUGGGUAGGAAACGAUUUUCCUUUCUUGGAAGCCUAUUCGGUCUUGGAAUAUAAUCCCAUGAUCAUUCAUGUUGAUUUCAGGAUGAUGAUGGUUGAGCAUUGAAUCAUCCUCAUAGUCUUAGACCCCCCAUGGGAUCUGAAAACAUGCUUUUGUAUCAGUUGAAUACAAAUUAUGUGGCAUAUUUUAAUCAAUUAUUUUGUGAGGUCAACGUGAAUGUUCAUAUUCAUGUAAGGCGUUCGAUACAACAAGAAUAAUCUUUCUGCUAUGUGGUCUACUUAAUCCAUAAAAAAAUUACUUAUAAUUUUAUGCAACAUUCACAUAUUAGUAUGAUAUUGUGUAAUUUCUUUUUUGUCUCAUGUGCCAAUCUUUACAGCGUAUCUAGACAGCGUCUCUCCACACCUCUCCGUCAAUCUGUAUAGAGAGAGAGAGAGAGAGAGAGAGAGGAAAGAGAGAGAGAAAUCUGUAUAGGAUUCCAAAUCAGAGCCAAUGGCAGUUGAUCCGUCAAUCUGUGAGGCUGUCAUUCAUCAUGAGUUGGUAUAAAAGGGCACAUAUAUAUAUAUAUAUGUAUGUAUUUAUGGCCAUCACAACUCCUCUGCGGAUAAUUCUGUAGAAAGCUUUCUGCAAUAUCCGUGGAAAUUUGCAGCUCGUGGAAUCUAUCAGGACCUGAUUCUCUGUAUGGAUGAACGAAUGAAUUCUCUCACUUGGCAUCAUGAAAGCCGUAUGAUUCGUCUCAAUUUGGGAAAACAUGGUUGCAGUCAAAUCGUAGGCAGGUUUACUUAUCAAAUGACGUAUUCCUGCCAUCAAGAGAUUGGCAUCCUCGCGAUGAUUGGUCACUUACUUCCUUGGUCAACGCAGGAUUUCACGGUGGAGCAGGAUGGCAUCACUCCGGUCAACGGAUGGAAGGCCUACUAUGCCGCCACGAAGGCCGUGGUGGAUGUCAAUGCGGAGUUCUACGACAUCAUCAGAACCAGAUCUCUCCCCGCGAUGAGCCGUCUGUGGCUUCACGCUGAUUAUGUGAAGUGCAUCCACGGCUCCGGAGAACUCUUCACGGGGUAAGAAUCCCCUCUUCCACAUCAUACCCAUCUACGUUGCUCUCUCUCUCUCUCUCUCUAUUUCUCUCUCGGAUUUGUGCUAUUUAUAGGGCGUGCCAUGGAGGGGUUGCUGCCGUAUGUGAUCACAGUCUUGAACUGAAUCUGUGCGGCGGCGAACAGGUAUGCGGCGGUGAUGGACAGCUGGGCGGUGGCGCUCAACUGGGUCCCGGGCGGCGGCGGCGGCGGUGGUCAAGGGGGAGUGGCUUUCGAGGUGAGGGACGUACGGGCCCGGGUGAUCGGUGAGGUGGCCUGGGUCACCAUGAAAGCCUAUGUGGACGUUGACUCGGGGCCAUUCCACGUGACCAACGUCUUCGAGCUCCAUCGCGGGAGGUGGUGCAUGGUCCACCACCAUAGCUCCGUCAUGCUGGCUGACCCAGACGCCGGGCACAAUAACAUCUUCGGUUAG